AUGAUUGGCCGGCAAGCUCGGCCGUUUUCUUUGUCGGCUAGAUGUUUUGAAAGUGCACCAAGGGGGCAGCACGUUUCGAGUCUCGACACCAACAAGCUCAAGCAUAUGCAGUAUCUAAUGCAGUUCUACGAGCCAAAAAUUGUGGAAUCAAUACUGCAAGCUGAAUCUUCGAUUGAUCCAACAGAUUAUGAGAAUAAAACAUUCAACACGGUUCAGUUUGCUCCACAUUACCUUGAUGAUUUCACUACUCUGGAUCCAUAUUUUGAUCACCUGCCUCAGAAUCCAGAGUCAUUCUUAUCCAUCACCCAGUCGAACAAAAGCGACUAUCCAAAGAAUCAGAUCUCUACGGAGGGAUCGGAGGAGACCUCAGAAUUGAAGGAAUUGGCUAAAAAGUUGUCCUUAGCAACAGGGUUUGACGAAAGAUACAUCUCCAGGCUUAAUGUUAAGACGUUGGUGCUUAAAACUGUGAGAAACCAAACCUCCAAGGGUAAAAUCAACUCUUUUUAUGCCUUAGUUUGCGCAGGUGAUAGAAAUGGUAUGUUGGGCAUUGGGGAAGGAAAAGAUCCUGAAGAGCCGAGUAACGCUAUUCUUAAAGCCCAUUGGCAAGCAGUGAAGAAUUUGGUUAAGGUGCCCAGAUUGGAGGAGAGAACUAUAUUUGGUAACAUUGAACACAAGUACGGAGCUACUGUAGUUCAUUUGAGAUCCGCUCCCCCUGGUUCUGGACUUAGAUGUAAUUCGAUGAUCUUUGAGCUGGCUCAAUGUGCAGGUAUUAAGGACUUAAGUACCAAAGUGUACCGUUCCAGAAAUAAAAUGAACGUUGUCAAAUGCACAAUGGAGGCUCUUUUGGAGCAGAAGACUACGGAUGAGGUAGCUUUAGAGAGAGGUAAGAAGAUUGUCAACUUGAGGAAGAUUUACUACACUGCCGAGUGA